AAAAAAAAAAAAAAAGCCUUAUUUAUUAUCAUUUUCCCCACCGUUGGCAUGGCAACACAGGCGUAUACUGAGCUACAGGCAGCCCCGCCACCAUCCCAGCCGCCACAGGCCCCGCCACAAGCCCAGCCUCAGCCGCCACCGCCACCACCCCCAGCGGCACCCCAGCCCCCACAGCCGCCCACCGCUGCUGCCACCCCUCAGCCCCAAUAUGUCACCGAGCUGCAGAGCCCCCAGCCCCAGGCACAGCCACCGGGCAGCCAGAAGCAGUACGUGACGGAGCUCCCGGCUGUACCCGCACCCUCACAGCCGACUGGUGCGCCCACCCCGUCGCCUGCACCCCAGCAGUACAUCGUGGUCACUGUCUCUGAAGGUGCCAUGCGGGCCAGCGAGACGGUGUCGGAGGCCAGCCCCGGCUCCACUGCCAGCCAGACCGGUGUUCCUACUCAGGUGGUUCAGCAGGUGCAGGGCACCCAGCAGCGGCUGCUGGUCCAGACGAGUGUGCAGGCCAAGCCAGGCCACGUGUCGCCCCUCCAGCUGACCAACAUCCAAGUGCCCCAGCAGGCUCUUCCCACGCAGCGUCUGGUGGUGCAGAGCGCAGCCCCAGGCAGCAAAGGUGGCCAGGUCUCCCUGACGGUCCACGGUACCCAGCAGGUGCACUCACCCCCAGAGCAGUCGCCGGUGCAGGCCAACAGCUCUUCCAGCAAGACGGCUGGGGCCCCCACGGGCACGGUGCCACAGCAGCUGCAGGUCCACGGCGUCCAGCAGAGUGUCCCCGUCACCCAAGAGAGGUCUGUGGUCCAGGCCACUCCACAAGCUCCCAAAGCCGGCCCGGUGCAGCCGCUGACCGUGCAGGGCCUCCAGCCAGUCCACGUGGCUCAAGAGGUGCAGCAGCUCCAGCAGGUGCCCGUCCCACACGUAUACUCCAGCCAGGUGCAGUAUGUGGAGGGCGGCGAUGCCAGCUAUACGGCCAGUGCCAUCCGUUCCAGCACCUACCCCUACCCCGAGACGCCGCUGUACACGCAGACGGCAAGCACCAGCUACUACGAGGCCGCGGGCACGGCCGCCCAGGUCAGCACCCCUGCCACCUCCCAGGCAGUGGCCAGCAGUGGCUCCAUGCCCAUGUAUGUGUCCGGCAGCCAGGUCGUCGCCAGCUCCACCAGCACUGGGGCUGGGGCCAGCAACAGCAGCGGAGGUGGUGGCAGUGGUGGUGGCGGCGGCAGCGGGGGAGGCGGUGGCGGGGGUGGCAGUGGCAGCACCGGAGGCGGCGGCAGCGGAGCAGGCACCUACGUGAUCCAAGGUGGCUACAUGCUGGGCAGUGCCAGCCAGUCUUACUCCCACACCACCCGUGCCUCGCCAGCCACGGUCCAGUGGCUCCUGGACAACUAUGAGACAGCUGAGGGCGUGAGUCUGCCACGGAGUACCCUCUACUGCCACUACCUGCUGCACUGCCAGGAGCAGAAGCUGGAGCCCGUCAACGCCGCCUCCUUCGGCAAGCUCAUCCGCUCUGUCUUCAUGGGCCUGCGAACCCGCCGUCUGGGCACCAGGGGCAACUCCAAGUACCACUACUACGGCCUGCGCAUCAAGGCCAGCUCACCCCUGUUGCGACUGAUGGAGGACCAGCAGCAUAUGGCCAUGCGGGGCCAGCCCUUCUCGCAGAAGCAGAGGCUCAAGCCCAUCCAGAAGAUGGAAGGCAUGACCAACGGCGUGGCGGUGGGGCAGCAGCCGAGCACAGGGCUGUCGGACAUCAGCGCCCAGGUGCAGCAGUACCAGCAGUUUCUGGAUGCCUCUCGGAGCCUCCCUGACUUCACAGAGCUCGACCUCCAGGGCAAGGUGCUGCCUGAGGGCGUCGGGCCCGGUGACAUCAAAGCCUUCCAGGUCCUGUACCGGGAACACUGUGAGGCCAUUGUCGACGUCAUGGUGAACCUGCAGUUCACCCUGGUGGAGACGCUGUGGAAGACGUUCUGGAGGUACAACCUCAGCCAGCCCAGCGAGGCGCCGCCGCUGGCCGUGCAUGAUGAGGCCGAGAAGCGACUGCCCAAAGCCAUCCUGGUGCUGCUCUCCAAGUUCGAGCCCGUGCUCCAAUGGACCAAGCACUGUGACAACGUGCUGUACCAGGGCCUGGUGGAAAUCCUCAUCCCCGACGUGCUGCGGCCCAUCCCCAGUGCCUUGACCCAAGCGAUCCGGAACUUUGCCAAGAGCCUGGAGAGCUGGCUCACCCACGCCAUGGUCAAUAUCCCCGAGGAGAUGCUGCGGGUGAAGGUGAGGGUGCGGGGGCCCGGUGUGCCCCAGGAGCAGGCCUCGUGGGUGUGCCGUUGCGAGGACCGCGUGGUGCAGCGGCUGGAGCAGGACUUCAAGGUGACGUUGCAGCAGCAGAACUCGCUGGAGCAGUGGGCGGCCUGGCUGGACGGCGUGGUGAGCCAGGUGCUCAAGCCCUACCAGGGCAGCGCCAGCUUCCCCAAGGCCGCCAAGCUCUUCCUUCUCAAGUGGUCCUUCUACAGCUCCAUGGUGAUCCGGGACCUGACCCUGCGCAGCGCCGCCAGCUUCGGCUCCUUCCACCUCAUCCGGCUGCUCUACGACGAGUACAUGUACUACCUGAUCGAGCACCGCGUAGCCCAGGCCAAGGGCGAGACCCCCAUAGCCGUCAUGGGCGAGUUCGCCAAUCUGGCCACCUCCCUGAAUCCCCUGGACCCCGACAAAGACGAGGAGGAGGAAGAGGAGGAGGAGAGCGAGGACGAGCUGCCACAGGACAUCUCACUGGCGGCUGGCGGCGAGUCACCCGCGCUGGGCCCAGAGACCCUGGAGCCGCCGGCCAAGCUGGCGCGGACUGAUGCGCGCGGCCUCUUCGUGCAGGCACUGCCCUCCAGCUAAGCCCUUGGCCUCCCCGCCCCACCCGCCCCCGCCACCCCUUCACGCCAGGGUCCCUCACAGCUUCUGUGGCUUGGUGGUCACCGCUCCAGCCUCAGCCAGGGCAGGGAGGGGGCCUCCAAGACAGGGAAGGCCGGGGCCCUCCUACCCUAUGGGGCCGGCACAAUCAGUGGGCUGGGCGGAGCCGCAGCUGCAAACUCUGACACAAAAGACGUGCCUUAAGGAACCCGCCGCGUGCCCAGGUGCCCCGUGGGGCAUCCAGCUCGGCCCCUUGGCCGCCCCCCUCCCAGGCCGCAGCAUCUUCACCCCAGCCCCGUCCUCCCACCACCCCAGGGGGCAGGCAGGCAGGCCCCCUCCCGUGCGGAACUGUUAACUUAUUCAGCUCGCUGGCUUUGCACAGCCUGUCCUGGGCCCAGCCCUGAGCCCUGGGCCGGCGCAGGUGGGCGUCACCUGGGGACUCCCCACUGUCAGCAGCAGCCCCGGGACCCCCUACCCCCAGCAACCCCACUGCUUCCCCUUCUUGGUAUUAAGUGCAAUUAAAGCCGUGGGUGUCGCAUCUUCUCCGCUGGGCCCUCCCUUGCCCCCAAGCCCAAGAAGGGGGCACUGCCCGGCCCGGCUGUGGGGAGGGCGGCAGGGGGCACGGCCUCCAGCUUCCAAAGAGCAGCGGGCCGCGGGGCCGGGGAGUGCCCACAGACCCCAGCCCCCGCGCCCCCCCUCCGCCGCUGGUUUGUAAUGGAACCUUUUCUGUGCCCCUAUCUUCCCGGAGACUGUGCUUCUCCUCCGUGCCGUAUGACCCCCACCCCAUGACUAUUGUGCGAUUCGUGAGCGCCGCCCGAGCGGAGUUGGUAACUUGUUGGGUUUUUUUCCAACCAUCAUGGCCUUAUCUGUUCCAGUUUUCUCAGUGUUUUCAGCCUGUGAGAUAGAUGUUUAUGGCAAGAAAAAGAAAAAAAAAAAAUGGAAAUCUGACCUAUUGUAUAAAAAUCACUAUUUUGUGUGCUCCGCGUGCUACAGCUUUUGGGGCGGCCUGCCCAGUCCCCGUGCCCACGGGGCUCCCUCUCCCGGCGGUGAAAGUGUCCACACGUGUGGUAGUCUAGUGUGCCGAGCUGUUUUCUACCUUUUUGUAGUCUUUCUUAAAACAAUAAAUUCCGCUGUGAUAUUUGCCUA